CAGGACCCCCAAAAACACCAUAAAUAUAUUAACAAAUUUUUACGUGUUCCCAGGUAUAUCUAAUGUAACCCCAAAUGAGCAAAUUAAUAGUAAUAUAGACUUCAAUGUACCCCUAACUCUAUGUGUAUCUGAAAAUAUAAAAUAAAUAUACUGAAAUAUAAAUGAUGGAAAAAGAAAAUACAAAAUGAAGAUGAAAUUUUAUUUUUCUCUCUCUUAAUUAUUCCGGUUAGUUACGUCAGAUACCAGCCUCCUAAUAGUCAGAUAUCUCAACCCAAACUCCUUUUUUACACUUUCUAUAAAUACCCUCACUUCUUCCCCAAUUCUUCUCUCACAACAUUUUUCCAGCCACAGCUUAAACUGCAUCAAAUAACAAAAAGGGAGAUAGAAAGAGUCGUAGAGUAGUAGUACCUUGCUCAUGAAGAACUUGUGUUAGGUACCAAAGCAUUACAAAAGCCUGCCUAAUCCUUGCAGCACACACCAACUUCCCUUUCACCUUCAUAAAAGCAAAAGAACAACAAACUGUUAUAGUAGUACAUAUUAAGACUUCGUAACAGCACAAAAGCAAUCAUAUUUCCCUUACUAUUUUUGGAUUUAUUAAGGCAAUGAAUAGAGCUUUACCGGAGAUGCUGCACUGCCUGAACAUGCCAGCAAACAUCAUCGGAGGAAAAGGCAUGGAGAUGAGUGUUUUGGAAAGACAGAGGAUGGUUCUUAAGUGGCAACAAGAGCAGCUCUUCCAAGUCCAACCAACACAACAACUAAGUUGUUUCAAUGACCUCAGUAUGCUCUCUUUUUUUCCUCCUGAAGCACAAGACUUUCAGUGCGCAGACAUGAAUUACUGUCCAAGCUCAGUUACAACUGGCCCAACUCUGAAUGAGCUUCUGAACCGACCCAUUAAGGCUGAUCCGGGUGCUGAGAAUGGGUGGAUGGAUUUCGGGAUGCAAAAAAGUGGGGUAACAGUUGGGAGCAUGGGGAUUGAGACUGCUGGAGAAGUCCAUAACAAUCCUGGCUAUGAGACGAAUUAUGGCAUUUCAAGAACAGCCAGUUGCCCGCCAUCGGUAGCAAAGGCAGCAGCAAUCAGCCUAAAGGCGGCCCGUGAUGCCAAAGGAAGAGAGACCCUCUUGUCAGAUCAGAAGCUAAGUGGAGCAGUUGGAAGAGAGAGCUUCAAGAAGAGAAAAGCAGAAAGAAACCCAAGUACACCAAAGGUAGUGGAUGCAGAAGAAGACAACCAAUCAAAAAAGAGCAAGGGGUGUGCUGAAGAGGAAGAAUCAAAAAUCACAGAACAACAUAGCAAUAAACAUAGCAGCAGCAGCAGCCAGGGUGACCAAAAGGAAAGCAAUGGACACAGCAAUGACAAGAAAAGCAAAGAAACUUCAGGGUGUACAUCUAAGGAUUCAAAGGCGUCCGAGGUACAAAAGCCUGAUUACAUUCAUGUCAGAGCAAGGCGUGGCCAAGCCACCGAUAGCCACAGCUUAGCUGAAAGAGUAAGGAGAGAAAAAAUAAGUGAGAGAAUGAAAUAUCUUCAGGAUUUAGUUCCAGGGUGCAACAAGAUCACAGGAAAAGCUGGAAUGCUCGACGAAAUAAUCAACUAUGUCCAAUCUCUUCAAAGACAAGUAGAGUUCCUCUCCAUGAAAUUGGCAGCAGUAAAUCCCAGGCUUGAUAUUAACAUUGAUGAAUUAAUUGCCAAAGAGGUUUUUGCAGCAUGCUCUGCCAGUCUACCAACGAUGGGGGUAUCACCGGAUUUAACAAAUCCCAGCUACCUACAAUACAAUCCUGUUGAACAAAUGGAUCCAAUUUGCGGAUCCACAGUCGUGGGGAACCCAAUUGAUUUGGGGUUGAGGAGAAGCAUUAGUGCUCCUGUGCCAGUACCGGAGACUUUUCUAGAUACAUCCUGCUUUAAUCAAAUUCCAAACUCUUUACAAUGGGAUGCUGAGUUACAAAAUAUCUACAACAUGGAAUUUCAGCAGGGAAGAUCAACAUCAUUCCCGUUACAGACAUUCACAGGCACCGUUGAAUCAAGCAGUUUAAAAAUGGAGAUGUAACUCAGUUGGCCCAUCUUAGAAGUUAACCCUUCAUGGAGAUUGAACCAGAUUGCUUAACUAGGAUUCUUUUCUGAUUCUGUUUAGUAUAUAGGUAUAUAUAUGAAUGUAACUAUGUAUAAAGUCAAAGGCAAUGAGAUGAAAUGCAUAAUUUUAGCACCUGUUGGCAUCUUA